UGCAAGUGUCCGGCAGGAUAUACAGGAGACAAUUGCACCACAGAAUGUAAAAAUGGUACGUAUGGCGUAAAUUGCGAACAACAAUGUUCAGAGAGAUGUAUAUCGAAGUCAUGUGACGGUUACACUGGUGUUUGCGACAAAGGAUGUACGGAAAAUUACAUUGCUCCAGAUUGCAAAGAAAAGUAUCCGUGGCUGAUAUCACCGCCAGAACUGGAAUCCUCUGAUUUUAAUUCAAUAAAAUUGAAAAUUGAUUUUAAUUCAGAAAAUAUAGAAGGCAGUAGCAAGGUCAACUCUCUCUAUUACCAAAUCAUAUUUAAGGCCACUUUAAAUGAAUCAGAAUUUCAAUACUUGGAAAUAAAAGAACUACUACAACGAGAACCCAAAAUAGAAACCAUAAGCAAACUCAAAUCGGGAAUAUCGUACUCUUUCGGCGUGAUUUUAGUAUCAGAAGACGGAAAUUACAAUAUAGAAGAUAUUAAAAUAGCCAAUUACUCGACGAAGUGCCUAAUUCCAAGAAAUAUUAAUUAUGAUGUCAAUUUAUUGAGUGGAACAAACUACAUAAAUGUUACUUGGAAUAAGAUUAACAAUCAAAAUGAAAAGGACUGUAAAAUAACUGAAUACCUGUUAAAACUGAUGUUUAAUAACACCGAUACACAGCAAAAAAGUUAUUCAGAAGAAGUAAAAUCUAAUAAUAAUAAUGGACAUAUUUUUGAAAAUCUACUAUCUGGUGAAAAAUAUGCAGUUCAAGUAACAGCAAUAUGGGCUACGGGUCAAGCUACACCAUCACAAAUAUCAUAUAUUUACACUGAACUAUAUGGAUUUGUCCAAAUAAAAAAUAUAAAAGCAAAAAUAAAUCAGAGUUCUUCACUGUUAAUAACGUGGGAUGUUGAUGAAAAAUAUGUAAAUACGCCGUUGAAUUAUGUAAUCAAAUACAAGGUCAAUAAACAUUUUAGUUGUUCAAACGAAGUCCUUACAAACAAAUGGACAUCGUUGUUARWUUACAAUCAAACAAAACGCGAAAUUUGGGAUAUUAUACCAAACACACAGUAUGUUAUAAAAGUUGACCCCAUAAUUGAAGGACAUACUUACAACGACUACAUUAAUAUAGUUUUUGUAAAAACACCUAUUUCUAAUMCGAAAUUAACACCUGUAAUUAACGAUGCAAAUGGUUCAUUUGUCACCAAUCAAAGCGCAUACUUCAAUUGGAGGAUAAACAAGACAGAGUGUACUAAAUUAAAUGGUUUCUUUCGAGGAUACCAGGUCAUACUUAGAGAUAUUGCUGAAAGCACGCAAGUAGAAACCUCGACUGAACAAGACACGGUGAACUACGACGGAUUAAAACCCGACACCAAAUACGAACUGCAAUUAUACGUACUGACGAAUUAUGGAUACAACUCCGAACAAGGAUUGUUGAUACCGUUCAAAACCAAAACUAAAUUUUUAGAACCAGUGGAUGAAUUAAUAGUUUACAAGAAAAACUUGAAACGCAAAUUAAUUGGAAUCAGAUGGAGUUUCCCUGAUGAAAACAUCUUCAACGGUUUUAUCAUCAGCGCAAUCGACGAGAAUAUGAAUAACACAAAGCAAAUUACUAUAGAACCCCAAAGAUGCAUUGCUUGGCCAAAACUAUACUGCACUACCUUUGAAAGCCUUAUACCAAACCACCAAUAUACCAUAAAAAUAAAAGCCAAGUCGGAAGACUAUCCUACAGGCGGUAUGGCGGCAUCAGUCGUCAGCAAUUUUAAUGACGGAUUUGCUGAUAAACCGGAAAAUCUCAGGACAACAGACGUAGGCUCUACGUAUAUAUCAGUGGAAUGGGACAUUCCAUGGAUAUUUAACGGUGUGCUGAAAUCGUUCAUAGUAAGCACUGAAGAGAUUUCAUCUAAAGACAUCGAAAAAUGCUGCGACAGCAAACCCGACACAGAGAUUCCGAUAACAGAAGAACUCCCAUCUUAUAAUUACACAAUAAACGACUUGAAGCCCGGUUCCACUUAUUCGAUCGGUAUUUUAUCGAAGACUUCAUCAUAUGGUCAAACUAAUAGGAUACAUGUGACGACUUUAUUCACUCCCGCGGUCACUGAAAAAGUUGAAAAUGAUCCGCUUUUAACUCUUGUGACGCAGACGCCAUACGAAUAUACAAAUUAGUUUCCAAAAUUGGCUCUGUGAAACUGUAGUAACGUAGAAUAUCAUUGCACCUUAGAAAUUCAAACUGUAUAAUACUAUAAUACAUAAAUACAUAAUAUAAAUUACAAGUA